AUGCGCUCCCAGUUUCAGGCUGUAGGCCUUCUCCUGGCACCUGCUCUUGUAGCUGCCACUACCGGCCCCAGAGUCCGCCCCAACGGAUUCCUGCCCAGCAGCGGCAAGAUCAAUGUUCUGGCUACCUGCGGUGUUGGCGAGGAGACUUGCGAAUGGGGCUGCAUGGACGCCGGCGCUGUUUGCUGUAACGACAACACGGCCGAGUACUGCAACCCUGGUUACUUCUGUAUUCCCGACGGCUGCUGCCCGGAAGGCAACACCUGUGAUGGAUAUUCCCCAGCGCCGUCCACUGACGACGAUGGCCAGCUGCCAGUUGGCGCCAUCGUGGGCGGCGUGGUGGGCGGCGUUGCAAUCCUGGCCCUUAUUGGAUUUGGCAUCUGGUUUAUCAUCCGAAGGAACAAAUCAGGGCGACAGAAUGGAGGGCAAGGCCCAUCAUCUCAGAUGGCGCAAGGUCCCGCCCCAACGUACAUACCAGGGGGCUAUGGCAUGCGCAACUCUCAAUACGUAGACUACGGGCCGGCAGGAGCGGCCGCCGGUGGCGUACCUAAGAGCCCAGCGGAACCUCCUGCCUCCUCCGCGAACGACACCCAUCGCGCUACUCGAGAUUCGAAGGGGCCUACUCGGCUUGCUACGACGGAGAACAGCCUACGCUCGGAACAUAACCCGCUUGAGCUGGCCUGA